CAUGAGGACCGGAUCGGACCGCAGCUUUGGGACUAAUAAACCGGGACACCUUCUAUUCCAACAUGGAGUUUGAAAGCAUGAUGGCGAAUAACACGCUUAUUAAAGCCAGAGAAGGAGGAGGAAGUAAAGGCAGGAGCUUCAAAUGGAGAGACAUGCUGCGUUUCCCUCACAUCAGUCAGUGUGUGGACCUGGACAUAGAGCGAGACUACCACAGUCUGUGUGUGAAGCAGCCGAUCGGAAAGAAACUGUUUCAGCUCUUCUGCCGGAGUCGAGCCGAUCUGCAGAACUACAUCUCCCUGCAGGAUGCUCUGGACGCCUUUGAGACCAAGUCAGAUGAGGAGAGGAGAGAUUUCGGCUUCAGCAUCAUUCAGAGAUUCCUCUGGAGUCAGUCCAACCAUUGCGUGUCUGUCGUGCAGCAGCAUGAACAGAGCUGCAGCCAGAGUCUGGAGCUCGACCCCUGCAUGGACGUCUUCCAUGACUGCAGGGAAAACCUACACGAAUACCUCUGUGGAGAGCCAUUCAUCCAGUACCAGGACAGCAUGUUCUUUGACCGUUUACUACAGUGGAAGAUGCUGGAGAGGCAGCCCAUCACCAAGCAGACCUUCAGACAGUACAGACUUCUGGGGAAAGGAGGGUUUGGAGAGGUGUGGGCUUGUCAGGUGCGAGCCACAGGAAUGAUGUACGCCUGCAAAAAGCUGGAGAAGACUCACGUGAAGAAGAGGAAAGGAGAAACCAUGGCUCUCAACGAGAAACGGAUCCUGGAAGGACUGAACAGCAGAUUUGUGGUGAAUCUGGCGUACGCCUACGAGACCAAGCACACGCUCUGUAUGGUUCUGACCAUGAUGAGCGGCGGGGACUUGAAGUUUCACAUUCAUAACAUCGGGGUGCCCGGCCUGGACAUGGACCGGGUGUGCUUCUACGCUGCACAAGUCUGCUGUGGUUUAAUGCACCUCCACCAGAAUUCAAUAUUAUAUAGGGAUAUGAAACCAGAAAACAUUUUGUUGGAUGACAACGGACACAUCCGCAUCUCUGACCUCGGCCUGGCUGUGAGCUUAUCUGAGGGGAGUGUGGUGCGCGGCACGGUGGGCACGCUGGGGUACAUGGCUCCCGAGGUGAUCGGCCACAAGCAUUACGGGAUGAGCGUUGACUGGUGGGGCCUCGGCUGCCUGGUUUACGAGAUGACGGCGGGGCAGCCUCCGUUCCGGAAGCGAGGAGAGCAUCCUAAACCCGCCGAGAUGGAGCGGAGGAUUCAGAGAGAAGAGCUCGAAUACGGCGACAACUUCAGCAAGGAUGUGAAAGCCCUCUGCUGCUCGCUGCUCACCAAGGACCCAAAAGAGAGGUUGGGGUGCCGGAUGUCGGGGGGGAGAGAAGUACAGUCGCAUCCUUUCUUCCAAAAAGUCAACUUCAGGAUGCUGGAGGCCGGACUCGUUGAGCCUCCGUUCAAACCAGAUCCCAGACUGGUGUACUGCAGCGACGUGCAGGACAUCGAGGAGUUCUCCACGGUGAAGGGAGUCACUCUGGACCAGAAAGACAACGACUUCUACUCCAAGUUCAUCACAGGCAGCAACCCUAUAACGUGGCAGAAUGAGAUGAUUGAGACGGGAUGUUUCAGGGAGCUCAAUCAGUUCGGUCCUGAUGGAUCUCGAUCUCCUGACCUCAACUUCUCCCAGAGCCCCGACCAUCCCAAACGCAGCCUGCUGGACCGACUCUUACGCAGACAACAACCUCCAGAUGCGUCAGAUGAAAGCAAACAGGGACUGAUCUCCAGUGAGAACUACAUGAAGUCAGGGAUGGUGAGCACGUCAUUGUGAGGACGUGACGGACGGACAGACAGACAGACGGAGAGACAGACAGACGGAGAGACAGACGGACGAACAGAGAAACGGAUGGACGGAUGGACGGACGGACGGACAGCUUUAAAGACACUAAACACACCCAGCGGAGCAGCAACGAUCGGUUCUUGUAAAUCACAGCGUAGCAUAAGCUCCUUUGUGUUUGUUUGACAGCUACGAUACAUCAGCAAUACUUAGGUUAAAAAAAAAAAAAGAUGUAUAAUUUUACUUCUCGCGCACCAACACGUCCAUUGUUUAAAAUGAAAUGAUUUGUUAAGUACUUGAAUUUUGACACAAGUAGCACAGUGUGAAGAUACUUCAUACGACAGUAGAACGAUUCUCACCAGUUGUGCUGUUUUAGCCGAAGCAGCUCAAUAAACAAGAUUUUUUUUUGUUUUAAUGUGUGGUGGUUCAGAUUCUAUUUAUGUACCAUAAACUGUAUAUGAGAAGUGGACGUAGUCAUCGUGACGUCACCCGUUGUUUUGUGGACUAACGUUAUGAAGCCACGAGUUCAUAGAUUUUGCCGAGGCCAUCUUGGAUUACGGCCAUCACCAUGUUGU